AUGACAGCACGAGCGGCUCCCUUUUACGCACGCGGGUUCCUUAGCAGAAACAGAAACAUGUAUAUCUAUAUCGGCUUUCUGCUCUUUUUAGAUGAGCUUGUGUUCUCCAUGUCUGGCUCUUCCUCUCUUUCCGAGUCUGGCAACCAAGACUCGAUGGACUGUUUAAAAGCCACAGAGAAGUGUAACCAGGACCAAAAAUGCAGCCAUCGCUUCAGGAUCAUGAGGCAGUGUCUGGCAGGCAAGGACAGGAACACCAUGUUGGCCAACAGGGAUUGUCAGGUGGCUCUGGAAGUGUUGCAGGAGAUGGCUUUGUUCGACUGCCGCUGCAAAAGAGGAAUGAAGAAGGAAAUGCAGUGUCUGCAGAGUUACUGGAGCAUCAACAUCGGCCUGACCGAAGGUGAAGACUUUUAUGAGCCAUCUCCUUAUGAACCCAUGACGCCUCACCGACAUUCAGAUGCAUUUCGCCUGGCGUCAAUCAUCUCAGGCAUGCAUUCAGGCACCAGUAAAGGCCAGCCACACUGCACUGACCCGAGCCGCCCUUGCAACCCCUGUCUGGAUGCUACCAAAGCCUGCAACCUGAAUGAAAACUGCAAGCGUCAGCGCUCCAACUACAUCUCCACCUGCACACGUGCACAGACACAAGGCCAGCAGCCCUCACAGACGCAGACACAGGAAGGCUGCAACCGAAAGCGCUGCCAUAAAGCCCUGCGGCAGUUCUUCGAGCGAGUCGACACGCAGUACAGCUACGGCCUGCUUUUCUGUGCCUGCAAAGAUCAGGCCUGUGCUGAGAGGAGGAGGCAGACCAUCGUUCCCUCAUGCUCCUACCAGGACAAGAACAAGCCAAACUGCCUGCAACUGCGCAACACCUGCCGCCUCGAUGUGCACUGCAGGUCACGACUGGCUGAUUUCCACACAAACUGUCAGAUGACCCCUCACUCCAUCAGCAGCUGCCUCAAUGACGACUACCAGGCCUGCCUCGCCUCCUACACCAGACUCAUCGGUACAGAUAUGACUCCAAACUACUUGGACUCCGGUCAUUCAAACUUCACCAUCUCUCCCUGGUGUACCUGCAAAGGCAGCGGGAAUCUGGAGGAGGAGUGUGAGAAAUUUCUGCAGGACUUCAGAGAAAACACCUGUCUCCGAAAUGCUAUCCAGGCCUUUGGUUAUGGGUCGUUACCCAAGCCUGAUCCUCAGCCUACUACAGGCUCAGUCAAACCUGAUCUUGAACCCACUGCCACUGUCGCAAAAACAACCAUGGAACCCGGGGAGGAUCCAUGCAUUAUCUCUCCCUGUUCAAAUUUAAAUGAACUUGAUUGCUAUCCGUCAAAAGACUACAACUGCGAAAGUGCGGAGAUGAAACUUUCCAAGCCAGAGUCCCCACUGAACACAAGAGUAGAGGACCCCAGAAAUACAAGCCCAGGUGUAAAAGCCCUAACCGAAGCAAUGAUGCAAAGCCUGCUGUUUGCUCUCGUAACCCUCGUUAUGUAG